CAAUUGUUGAAGUGCACGCUAAAUAGUAAAAAAAGUGUAAAUACUAUUUAAAAAUAUAAAAAGAUUAAUUAAAAGUAUUAACAGUGUUAAAUUAUAUCUAAACAAUUUCUGCAGAAUUCAACAAAUUAUUCAUUUUACAUUAAAUUAAAGUUUUUCACUUGAGAAAAAAAAUUGUGUUAGUUGUGUAUACUGUUAAAUAAAACAUGGCGACGCAAGUAACAAACAAAUCUGGAACUGGCUGGCCACGCCGCAGCAGCCAAGGGCAAAUGGAUAAUGGUACACAGAAAUUUAAUGCCAACCAAUCGUUGACGAUAAAUAGGACAAUAAAUUUAUAUCCACUUACAAAUUACACCUUCGGAACUAAAGAACCAUUAUUUGAAAAAGAUCCUUCAGUACCUUCCCGUUUCCAGCGCAUGCGUGAAGAAUUUGAUCGUAUCGGUAUGAGACGUUCCGUCGAAGGUGUUCUUUUAGUGCAUGAGCACGGUUUGCCACAUGUUUUACUGCUACAACUUGGCACCACAUUUUUCAAACUACCUGGAGGUGAACUUAAUGCUGGCGAAGAUGAAGUUGAGGGACUCAAACGUCUACUAACUGAAACUUUAGGCCGUCAAGAUGGUGUUAAGCAAGAGUGGAUCGUUGAAGAUACUAUUGGAAAUUGGUGGCGGCCGAACUUUGAACCACCGCAAUAUCCCUACAUACCACCGCAUAUAACAAAACCUAAGGAACACAAACGUUUGUUUUUAGUACAACUACAUGAAAAGGCUUUGUUUGCUGUACCGAAAAAUUACAAACUGGUAGCGGCGCCUCUGUUUGAACUCUAUGAUAAUUCACAGGGAUAUGGUCCAAUAAUUUCUUCGCUUCCACAAGCGUUAUGCAGGUUUAACUUCAUCUAUAUGUGAGUAGAGUGGGAACCUUCCUCUACCGCACCAAAUCCAGAUGAAUGCUAUAAUGAUAAAUCUCUCGAACAACUACAACCACAACAGUUUAAAGAUGAUUAUAACGAGUAUGAGGAACAUGAUUUGCAACAAUAUGCAGCAUCAUCAUCAUCGUCAUUUAAUCACCACCAUUCUUAUUGAACAUUUCAAAUUUAAUUAUUAUUUAUAAAAUAUUAAUUAUUAUUAUAAUAAUAACAAAGAAAGAAAGAAAGCAUACAAAUAAAACCUAACUUUACAAUAUUUAGAUUUUAAUUCAAAGAACUCUUCAAAUAACAAUUUCCAAUAAAGUUAAAAAUGCUUUACACGCUGAUUUUAAGAAAGAUGUUAAAUUAUAAUUACAUAUAUAAAAUAAAAAAAAAAUAAUAAAAAUACUAGUUAUAUGUACUUACUUGUGUUUAUCUAAAGUAAAUCAAAUUAAUGAAAAUAAAGACUUAUACAAACAUCCAUAUAUUAUUAGUCAAAUAAAUUGAAAUAAAA